UUUGUUCUUAUUGUUGAUUUGUUAUUUGUUGUGAAAUGCCGGUGUUUGAUAAUAUUAGCGGCAAGUGACCGUUGGGAUAAAUUGAGGAACAUCUGUAGAUGUCUAAAACACAACCGUUGGAUUUUUAUCUUCUUUCUUUUUUUUAUGGAAAAGCCACAACCCGUACAAUUUACUCAAGGUGUCCUGCAAUAUGGAUGACAGUACCUACCUACCUCUUGUGAUGCUAGAAGAAAAUACCUUCUGUGAUGCUGAAUCUCAGGCACCAGAUGGUCAGAUGAAGGAAUGGCAUCGUGGGUGAAAGCAAGAACAUCAUCUGGGAUGCCGUACUAUGUGACCCACUCGACCAGGAAGAUGCAGUGGAACCACCCCAAGUACGCUGAGAUCCAGGAGCACAUCAAGGAGUGCAAUGUCAUCAAGUUCGCCACGUAUCGCAUGGCGGCCAAACUGCUGGUGCUCAGCAAAUGUCUGCACAUGGAGUAUGUUCGGCUGGGCGUGGUGGCGGGAGUGUUCGAGAGGCACCGCCUGCACUGCACUGAGAACACCGUCGUGCUGGAGGGUGACGAACUGGAGUCCUUGCUCUCCGACAUCUUCUUCGCGGCCCAGAAGGAGACCCUGUCCCAGUUUGACGUGGACUUGACAGUGGAGCUGGCGAUGAACCUUUUGCUCAACUGCUUUGACAGGCGGAGGCUCGGCUCGCUCCAGGUGCUCCAGGCCAAGGUGCUGCUGGCGCUGCUGAGCGGGGCCCGCCUCCAGGACAAGUACCAGUACUGGUUCCAGCAGCUGGCCGACCACAACAGCUGCGUGUCCCGCCGGAAGCUGGAGCUGCUGGUGUCGCAGCUCGCCGCCGUCGCGGACCACCUGUGCGAGGGCGCGGCCUUCGGCGCCGCCCUGGUCGCGCCCACCGUCGACUCCUGCUUCCACCAGUUGCAAGGCAAUGUGGGUGUCACCGAGGAAGUGUUCAUUGGCUGGUUUUACAAGGAGCCACAACUGCUGUCUUGGCUGUCAACAUUCCACCGCUUGAAGGCAGCAGAAACUGUGAGCCACACGGUCAAGUGCCAUGUGUGCAAGAUGUACCCGGUGCGAGGACUGCGCUACCAGUGCCUCCAGUGCCUGGGGUACAACCAGUGCCAGACGUGCUUCUUCCUCGGCCGCACCAGCAAGCGCCACAAGCUGAAACACCCUGUCCAGGAGCACUGCACCCAGGAUAGGUUGGAGGAUAAAAUGCUUAGAAAUUUCAUAUUUUUCCCUAAAAUUAUGACAUCAUCCUCGGACUCGACCAGAGCGUUCUUCAGGCUACUGGUGAACAAGAUGAGGAAGAACUCUUCGCAGCUGCGUAGCUUGCCGUUGCAGCCUCAUGAUGGUACAGGUGACAGUGGGGAGGACGACAGCAACUUGUUGCUGGGCGACACGGAUGGCGAACUCUCCGUCCAGACGGUGGUCCGGGGCUCCCGCCUGGUUGGGCACGCCCAGCCACAGCUCGAGUUGCAGAGCAUCAUAUUCCACCUGGAGGAGCAGAACAGACUGCUGCAGAAGGACCUGGAGAAGCUGUGCGCGCUGCCCGGCCAGUCCGCGGAGGUCGAGGACUGCUUCCAGGAGCACAGAGCUCGUGUCGAGGUGCAGAUCACAAGGCUCAAGCAACUCAAGUUUUCUUUGGUGUCGACCCCGCGGCACCGCAUGGACCGCAUAGAGAGCACACCGAUCAUAGCCCCCGGAGGGCCCCUGGGGGAGGCGCGUACCCUGGACAACCUGAGCCCCAUCCUCCGGUCGGGGGACGACUCUGCCGGGUUCUCGUCGCAGCUGCAGCGGCUCCGGCUGUCCCCCGCCGGCCCGGAGCUGUCCUCCAGCAUCACGGAGGUGUCGGAGCGGGACCUGAGCUCCUGGACCUCGGCGCAGGUGACGGCCGUCCGGGAGGCGGACGCGGUGGGAGCCUGGUUCCGCGACGCACAGGCCUCCUCCGACAGGAAGCUGGACGACCUGCGAGACGAUCUCGACUCCAUCCUCGACAAGCUGGAGAAGAUGCUCGAGGCCAACUUCACCUUGGAUGACCCCGGCGGCAGCGUGGACAAUUCGGAGCUGCAGCAAGCUGCAGUGGAGAUGGAGGGCUUGGUGUCCGGCCUGAUAGCGGGCGUCGAGCGGCAGAACAAGUUGUUCCAGCCACCUCCACUCUCCGACAAAAUGGAAUAGUAGUUUAGAUUGUUUUUAUUUUCAUACAAACAUUUUUUUUAAACAUCACAUAUUUAUUACAGUACAGGUAUCGGUACUAGAGGGUUGGACUGUAUAGAUCAGAAGGUAAAUCAGUAGUAGGGUGCAACUGGAAACCUACCUAAUCUGUUGACAUCACUUUUAUAGGGAAACUGUUACAGUUUUUAAAUGUAUUAGAGAAAGUAGGUGACCGUUCGUUUCAGAUUCAUAUUUAGAGAGGUGAGUGAGUGGUUUUGGUCUCAAAAUAAUGUUUUUAAUUCUAGUGGAUUUGAAUAUUUCUCUCUUCUCUACAUAUACGCUCACACACACUUACACACACAAUGUGUGUAAUUGCAACAGGAAGAAUUCCAAACCAAGUUAAGUAACCUUUCAGUGCUGUUAUAGUUUGUUUUUUUUUGCAACACGAUGAAUGUCACAUUACAGGAUGCCCACAUAUACUGUAAGUCAUGAAAUGGUAAUAGAGCUGGAUGUUACGAAACUUAAAAUUUGCAACUUGUGUUAUCUUGCAUUUUGUAUUAUGACACCCGACUUCAGUUUACAGUCGCUCGUUAAUUAUAAAUGUUGGAGACUAUCCACUUAUGGUAUGUGGAAGUUAUGCCUGAAAGUUUUAGCUUUUUAAGAAAAAUCAAUACAUCUACUUAUUCAAAUCAAAACAUUUAUUUUUAUUUUUAAGUUGAGGAAAAUUGGAGUAUUUGCAAGAGGAUUGUUUUUAUGUAAAGAGUAUUAAAAUAGAAUAUGGUAUAAUACUAAGCAUCAACAUAAAUAUGUGUAUAUACAUAUAGAAACUUACUAGUACGGUAUAUACGUAUAUUUUGCUAAAUGUUAAAAGUAGUUCCUCGUUGUUGCAAGUCGGAUAAAUUAAAGACAUAAAUUUUAUCUGUAUCUAGGUUUAAUAUUACUUUUUUGCCUUAUUGAUGAAUACAAUAUGUAUUCUGCAGAAGAGGGACUACUUGUAAUUAAGUGGAAUGAUAACUAAAUUUCAAGGUUUGUUAAGGUAGCUCAGCUACAUUAAUUAUGCUACAUUUAUGUAUUACAUAAUUACAUAUGAAAUAUUUGUUAUUAAUGUUUCUAACAUAACAAAAUUUACACUUAAAUUUUUAUUCGUCUUUCUUCCCAUGUUUUGUAAUGUUUUCACUAUUUUUAUAUACUAAUAAAUUAGUGAUGGCCCGAUAUCCAAAAACCCGAUACCGAUUCCGAUAUUUCCAAAUUUACCGAUCCGAUACCCGAUAUUCCGAUAAUAGGCCUAUCUCAUUUCUAACACUGAUUCUAUAAAAUUGUGGUUCUGGAGUAUUGUUAGAGACAAUAAUGAAAAUGUUAAAUAUUAAUAAAACAUACUUAUGUGAUUGUAUAUUAUUUUUAUUAAUUGUAAAAUAUUGUAAAUUCACAUUAAAUGAAAGCUAAUAAUGAAAUUAUCAUAAUGGCCUACAAAUAAGCUCUCUAAAUUCAAGGUCUUAAAAAAUUAAUUGUUUUUCAAGGCCAGAUAAAGCAAUAUUCUGGAGUAGGUAUUACCUACAGUAUGCAAAAAAAAAAUAUUGUAACUACAAGGAAACAAAUUUCAGAUUUUUGUGGAUGUUGUGGUUGAAUGUGUUCAGGUGAAAGGCGAUUCCAUUUUUUGGUACAAAUUCCACCUGCAGAGCUAAACAAUCUUUCAGAAUGAAUUGAGGCAGGUGGAAAGCCAAGAUAUAUUCUGGCUAACAAUUUCAGUCUCAGGGAUGCAGGGAUAAGUGAUUCCACAAAUUUGAUGUAUUGAAUGUCCUAAAAAAUUUCCCACCACGCAGUAUUUCUUUACAGCAAUAAUUGCAAAUUGCUUUUGCCUUAUCAUUGGUUUUUACUUGAAAAUGUAACCAGAUGUUACUUUUCGGCGGCAUUGCGCAUUGUACUCACAAAACAAUAAUGCUUAUAACCCGGACAGCUCUAUACUAACAACACAGGCGGGAUUGUGAAAAAUAACCUAGCGGCAAGAGGCAUGCCGUCUGCCAUCUAUCGGACUGAGGUGAAAGCAACGCCACGUUUUCACACAAAAAUCUUGUAGCUAUCCGAUUAGUCUCUAGUGUAUGUGCUUAUAAUGUAUGAAUCACAAGUCACUGAAUGUACUUAAUCCAGUGUCUCAACUGUAAUCUACGAAAAAUACCGUCCGAAAAACAUCAAACUUUUGUACCCUUUGUAAAAUUUCAUCACGCUAAACGACACGCUAGAAAGGAAGGUCUUCAAGUAGCAAAUUUUGUGACCAUUGUUCAAGUGUAUCACUCCAUUUAUUGUUGCGAAAACACGUUAAAAAUACGUGAAAAGUAAUUAUAAUACAACUUUGAAACGUACUGCAGAGUUUAUAAAACCACACAUCUUUAUUUAUGUUGUUGGCAAUGCACUCAAUAUAGUCAACAUAAUACCUUUGCUGCAGCUUGCCCUACUUAAACACGUUUCAUAUUUUAGCUUUUGUAAAACUUACGUAACAUCUUUGUAUAGAACAGCAGUUGGCGACCAUGAAAUGACACGGAAAGAAAAUGCCUGUUAUAUCAAGCAGUAACUUUAUUCUUCUUCAUGUUUACUUACGGCUACACCACUUAUUAAAUUAAAUAUCGUAAUCAUUUUCGUUUAUGUUUUCAAUUUAUGUACACUUAGUGAACUUCGAAAAUUCAUCAAGGGAAAACAUUUUGUGAAUGUCUGAAAAUAAGCUUAGAAUCACGGUUAAUGUUUUUUAUAAGUAUUAUUGGCGAGAGCAAACAUCGGUUAUCAAAAUAUCGCAAGUAUUUACCAAUGUCCGAUAUUGAAAAAAAUGCAGAUAUUACCGAUCUCCGAUAUCGAAUAUCGGGCCAUCACUAUAAUAAAUCUUUUUAAUACCAUUCAAUGUAUGUUUUAAAAACUGCACUUAAACUAUAAAGUUACCCAAACGAAAAUAUAAAUUCAACUGGGAGAAAGGUUAAUGCCGUAAUUAUUUUUCCAUUUUCAUCUGCCAUUUUCUGAUAUAAAAAAAUGAAUUAUUUAAAUAAGAGACUGGUGAAAAAUGUAUACAAAAAAUUCUAGUUCCCCCCUCUCCCUUAAAUAUUGUUUUCUAUAAUAUUUGCUUGCCCUAUCAUGAAAAUAAAGUUGAAAAAUAAUGUUUACAGGCUGCUGGUCACCUGUCGUGGGAAAAUCUUAAAAUAUUUAUUUACUACCACGACCAACAUAGGUUAUUUUCAUUGUGAAAUUUCAUUGGUUAAAAUUAACACAUAAUUCAAUUGUGAACUGAUUUCACACAAAUUGUGUGCAAUUUCUGUAAUGCUUUCAUGUUAUUUAAUUGUGAACCCAGCCGAAUAGCAGCCUGUUUCAAAAUCUCUCGUAUGUCAUAAAACGAUCCACCGUCUUGAAUAGAUUAUUAGAGAUAUGAAGACACAGUUCAAGAUGUAUUACAAAAAGAAAAUGUUAAAAUAUUUUCUUCUGAAAGUUUGUUUGCAGUGUUAACAAAUCCGUUGUGGAAUUGGUGGUGAAGUGUUUUCAGAAUUUUCCCUUUUCUUCUGUUAUUUUUCAGACAGCUCCAAGGAUGAGCGACCAAAAUUUCAAAAGGGUGUGCCACCGUUGGGUGAUCAAAAAUUCUAUAAGUAUUUUCAGAAUUACUCUAUGGAGUAUAUUUCCUAAAAUGCCAAUAUCUAUAAUGUAAAAUGUGGUCUAGUUGGGCGCCGUGAAAACUCUAUAAAGUACUAGUGCUGUGAUUGUGUAUGUAGCACAACUACUAACCUCUACAGAAUAUUAACUAAAAUAUGUCUUGUUAUGUUGAUAGUGAAAAUAAAUUAUUCUCAAGUUGUAUGUACUGGUGUAGUUUGACUCAGUGUGAAUACCAAACAAUAAAAUGUCGUAUAAUUCCUUAGCAGUAUGUCUCCUUCUCUUUGGUGUAAGUAUUCUGACCUUAAAAUCAACAAAUAUAAGUAGUAUGUUUAAAAGCAUUAACUUCUCUAUGACUGCUGAUAUCAGUGUAAUAAAAACUAAUUAUUCUUUCAAGACAAUCCAAGCUAAAUAUUUCUGUCUAUCUGGUUUAACAUACACAUGAUAUGUAAGUAUGGUUAUCAAUCGGAAAAAUAAAAUAUAAUGAAAAUUUAACUUUUUACUAGGGUCAAAAUCAUGGUUGUAUGGGUGACAAUACUCUUUUGCAACAUAUCCAACUGUAACAUGAAAAGUGACAGAGUCAAUGAUUAGCAAGCAACAUACAAAUACCUUUGAGACAAUUAUUCAUGUUUAAAUAGGUUUUUCAUUAAACAAAAUUUC